AUGGAAUUUCUUGGAACCACUCAGAUAGCCAGUUACUGUACCCCCAAAAAAAGCUGUGCCAUGCAGGCUCUGCCCCCUGCUGGAAACACUCCUGUGAUACAGGAGUGCUACCAACCCUAUCACCUGCCUGGGUACCGCCACGUGGGUACCGCAUUGAGGCCCAGUAUCUUCUAUAAAAUCGCCAACCCUCACUCAUGCCCGGAGGAAUGCCAAGGCUCCCGGCGUCCGCCUACCAUCUUGCCAGCGCUACGGUCAGCGCUCUUCAGUCGCUACACCCCUCGCGACUGGGACCGCUCCACCGAGAUGCAGAUCAGGGGCGCAGAGGCCUCACGGCUCUGGGCUAGCCGGCUGACAGGCGACUCCAUGCGGAUCAUGCAGGAUAAGGACCAGCUGACACGCCAGAUGCAGGAGGGGACCUCCCGGAACCUGAGCCAGAGGCUCUGCGACAUCGGCUUCUGGAAGUCCGAGUUGCGCUAUGAGCUGGACCGGCUUCUGACAGAGAGCAACAGCAUGGACACCAUCAAGAGGCGCUUGGAGUGCGCAGCUGAAGAGGUGAACCGUCCCCUGCAGGUGGCCCUGGAGUGUCUGUACAAUCGUGAGAAAAGGAUUGGGAUUGACCUGGUCCAUGACAAUGUGGAGAAGAACCUUAUCCAGGAAGUAGAUUUACUAAAAUGUUGCCAGGAUCAGAUGAGAAAAUUAGCUAAACGAAUCGAUUUCCAGAUGCGAGAUAACCGAGAUGCUCAACAUGCCCUGGAGCGAGACAUCGAGGACAAGAGCUCUGCACAGUUCAUCGACGAGGGCUGUUUUAACCUAAAAAACACAUCUGACAGCCUUAGCUUCUUCCACAGCAUGGAUAAGUUUGAUGGAACUGUCUGUAUUCCUGAGGCCUGGGCCAAGUUCAGCAAUGACAACAUCCGACACUCUCAGAACAUGCGUGCCAACUCCAUCCGGCUACGUGAGGAGGCAGAACACCUGUUCGAGACUCUGUCAGACCAGAUGUGGAAGCAGUUCACCAACACCAAUCUGGCCUUUAAUGAGCGCAUCUCUGAGGAGACAGAUGUGAAGAACAAGCUGCAGACACAGCUGGCUAAGAUACUGCAGGAGAUCUUCCAGGCAGAGAAUACCAUCAUGUUGCUGGAGAGAGCCAUCAUGGCCAAGGAAUGUCCAAUGAAGGUGGCCCAGACCAGGCUGGCAUGCAGGACCCGACGACCCAAUGUGGAGCUGUGCAGGGACAUAGCACAAUUCAAGCUCGUGAAUGAAGUCUUCACCAUAGACGACACCCUACAGACGCUCAAGCUGAGGCUUCAGGAGACCCAAGACUCGCUGCAGCUGCUGGUGAUGACCAAGUGUCGGCUGGAGCACGAGCUGGCCAUCAAGGCCAACACCUUAAGCAUUGACAAGGACAAGUGCAUGCGCAUGCGCAAGACUUUCCCCAGCACGCCCCGCCUGGUGGGCUACAACUGCUCUAGCGGCUACACACCUAGUGCCAGCAUAUCCUCUGGUGUCAACCCGGUCCUCUUUGGCGGUGCCUCCUAUGAUGGCUCAGCUCUUUAUGGAGGUCCCAAUCCCUACUGUGACGCCGCCUCCUGUGGAGACUCGGUCGCCUGCAGGCACCCCCCUCCUUGUGGCGGUGCUGCACUCUGUCCCCGCCCUGUGUCGUGUUCCUGCCCUGGCUCCUGGCAGGUGUAUUAAUGGCAGAACGUUGGAGAAGGCUGAAAAGAAAAUAAAAGAGUC